AUGAACGAAUGGCUGAUUAACGCUAACGGCUCGCACCGCCCGCGGCCGGGUGGAGGCGCCGCCAUUUUGCGCCGUCGCCCGCAGCAGAAGCAGAAGCAGGACCAGGACCAGGAUGGAGCCGAGAGCCGCCGCGGAGCCGCUGCCCGCCGCCUGCCGCCCCCGCCGCACCGCCAGCCCUCCACGGAACGCCGUUCCGCGGCUACGACCGCACCGCUGGGAGCGCUGAAGAGCCUCCUCUGCCCGCCGCCCAUGGAGCCGAGCGGCCGGGAACGUGCCGGCCCCGUGCCGGGCUGGGCCCGCCUGGGCCUCACCGCGGCCUGGCCUAAGCUGGCCGGGCCCAGCGCCGCCCCCGCCGGCGCCGCGCCCCAGGCCAGCCCGCCCUUCUCGUGGCUGCGGCUGAUGUCGCAGCUCCUGUCCCCGCUGCCCGCGCUGCUGCAGCGGCUGCUGCCCGGCCCGGCGCUGAGCGGAGCCCUCGGCCCCGCCACGGGCCCGCGGCCGCUGCUGCUGCUGGAGCCGUCCGCCUCGGACUGGCCCGAGAAGACGGUGCCGUGGGCGGAGGAGCCCUUGGGGAGCAGCCGGGAGGGCGGCGCGGAGCGCCCGGCGGAGCUGUGGGGAUCCGGGCUGGUGUCCGUGUGCGGGCCGUGGGGGGACCCGCGUGUGCCGGGCCCGGAGUGGGGCCGCGUCCGGAGCUCGGGCAAGAGCCACCUGCCCCAGGCCCUGCGGGCCGAGCUCCCCGCGCAGCCCUGGCCGGGCCGCCCCGGCGCUUUGCCCGAGGUUGAGUUUCUCCGCAACAAGCGCUUGGCGUUUCUCCAGCGAUGGUGCUCGGCGAGCGGCGGCCUGGCCGCGCCGGAGCCGGACCACGGGUACCACAGCCUGGAAGAGGAGCAGCAGCACAAGGGCCUUCGUCAGCAGGAGCUGGGACAGCGGGGGCAGCCGUGUGAUGGCGAGGAGCUGAGCAGUGUGGGGAGACAACGUGGGGGUGGCACCUUGGAGCAGGAGGGGACAAGGGGCCCAGCUGAGAAGGGGCCACUCGAGGGGGACGCCCUGACUGAAGAGGAUGACGAGGACUCUGAAACAGAGCAAAACUUCCCCGUUUCAGCCAGACCGGCCUGUGCAAAUAAAUUAAUAGACUAUAUCAUAGGGGGAGUUUCCAGUGGGGAAGAGAGUGCGGAUGACGAGGAAGACUGGGUUGACGACGACGAUGGGUUUGAUAGCGAGGAGCUCCCCUCGGAUUCAGAUGCUGGGAGCCAGGACGGGGAAAGGCUUCACCUCUGGAAUUCCUUCUACAGUUUGGACCCAUACGACCCUCAGAAUUUCACAGCAGCCAUUCAGACAUCUCCCAGCGAUCCAGGAAGGGACAUGUCGGGUGGGGAGGAGGAGGAAGAUUCUUCAUGGGCAGAGGAGACCUCAGACUCUGCUGACCCGAGUUCUGAAGAGGAGGAUGAGUGGGACUGUAGUAGUGUGGAUGAGGCAGAAAGCUUGAAACUUUGGAACUCAUUCUGUGCUUCAGAUGAUCCAUAUAAUCCUUUAAACUUCACGGCAGCCUUUCAAACAGCAGAGAAAAAAGGAACGCCUGGUUUAAAAGGAGCAGAGAGGCCGAGUUUGGUCCUUUCUGAGCGUGGUCACCUAACUGUCUGUCGGGUGCAGCUGGAGAAUCAGAACUGUGGGGUCACCGAGUCUGCGCAGCCGGGUGUUCUUUCUGGGGAGAAAUGUGGGAGUACCAAGCGGAAAAAGGUGACCUUCCUAGAAAAAGUGACCGAGUAUUACAUAAGCGGCGAGGAGGAUCGUAAAGGGCCCUGGGAAGAGCUGGCGCGGGACGGGUGCAGGUUCCAGAGGCGGAUCCAGGAGACAGAAGAAGCCAUAGGAUACUGCUUCACAGCGGAGCACAGGCAGAGGGUGCUCAGCAGGCUCCGAGGAACCCGCUCCCAGAGCGCUGGGCUCUUCUAGAACCUCGCAGGCCGUGUUCGUGUGACCCCGAGCACCAAAACAAGAAGCGGCAGCUGCAUGUGCUAGUUUGAGAUGGGGAGAGAAGCGGGAGGGUAACGCUUCUCUUUCCCAGUUCGAUAUUCAGCCGGUGAACGUGCCCGUGUGUCCCGUUUUCACAAAACCUUUUGAGUAUCACAAGGGUAAGGGGUAUGAUCGCAUUCCUUUUGAGAAGCACUUGACUGCUUUAGGUUGAAUCCAUUCCGAAAACGCCUUGUCCGCAGUGUGUCGAGAAGUGGUGACUCUUUAAGUUGGAUUUUUGCACUUUGAAAAAGCAAAACCUAUUUUGAAGGAAAUAUUUAUGAGGCUUAGAACCAAGUUAUUGCAGUUUUGAUUUAAAGUUUCUAGAGGUCUGCGCUACUUUCUUGUGGUUCUCCAUUUCCCAUAACUUGUACAGAAGUCUUGGAUUUCGUAACCUGAUAACAUUAACGUUACUGUGCGAAGUGGGUAGUUGAUUUCUUCCUUUUAAGAUGCUGGUUUUGCAUGUGAUCUGGUGUUUGAGUGUUCAUGUGAGGCUGUGAUGUCUGAGCAUUGCAGUCCAGCACACUGGGGGACUCAGGGGAACUCUGGGGCACUACAAGCCCUUUGGUUUGUCGCUGUUGAAAUCACCGUAAUUUUCCGCAGUACUGUUCCAAAGGUGCUGGCUGCUGGUGCACCAAACCUCCUUGUUUGCAGGGCAGUCGAUGGCCUUGUCCUCAUCAAUAAUAAACUUCAAGGCAUGUGGCAAGGCUGUGGUGGUAGUUCUGAGUUGAGGUGGCCACCUGAACCAGGCCCUAGUCCUUCAGUUAAUCUUAGACUGACUUUGCUGUAAUUGAUUCUACUUUCUGAAGAGGGAUUGAAGUGGACAACUCUUAAUAUUUCCUGUACCCAAUAUGCUUGUUUUGGUGCUUGUAAGGAGAAUUCUCUUUGACUUACAGAAAUCUAAGGCUAUGAAUCGCCGUGUUCUUCACCAAAAGCCAGUAUUAAUACCUCUCUGCGUCUGCACUGUGUUCAUCUGGUACCACAAUAACAUUUCACGCCGAGGUCGCUGGUGGAAGGAAAACACUCCUUGUUUGCGGUGUGACUUGCGCGUUCCGCUGCCGGUGCAGUGGGGGGAGGAGCAGCCCCCUGGCCGUUUGGCUGCAGGACGUCGUGUGGCCGGGCAGGAACGAGCUGCGGCGGAAUAAAGACCAAGCAGCCCAGAAUUCCAUCUGUUUGGAUAAAUGAUUUGCUCUUUGGUUCAUUCAACUGACUGCAAUGGUUUCCCUUUUGUAAGGGAGAAACCUAAAAUCGCUUCCGAUUUGUCACCUCUUUAACGAUUGCCAUUUUUAAUUAAAGAGAUAAUGACAGAUACAGAGGAGCUUUACAAGCUUCCCUGGAUUUUCUGCCUUCUCUUUUUGGCCAUCACUUGUAAUUCUGUCUCAAAUUCAGUCGGGUUUGGGUUUAUUCUUUAUUCCUAUUGCAUGAAGUACGUUCAUUGAAUUGAAAAAAUCCCUUUCUCUGCUACAAGUUAGUGUUAAAAUGAUGGAAUUCAGAGGGUUAACAGUGAACGACAGCGGAGUUGUUGUGUAAAUGUAAAAUACAGCUGAAAUUCAAGCAGCCCUGCAGUUUGUCUGCCUGAAAGCAAUGCAGCAGCGUUGCUUUUCAUACCCAUGGCAUAAAAAAAUAGAUCCUCCUUUCCUACAAAAUGUCAUUUUAGUUGUGAAAUCGUAACUCUAAUCGUGCCCUCAAAUGCUGCGAAAUAACUUUUAAUUUUUAGGAGUUAAUUUUCCCGUCUCGUAUUUGAUAACAGGUGUUCUUUUUUGUUUAGGAACAAGCACGCGGGACGAUAAACACGCACUUAAAAUAGGUUGGUUGUUGACUUGUGGUCCAAGCGCCAUUGAUAAGUACAAACGUACUAUGGGCGUUUUUCCCCGACUCUCCCGCUUCUCCGGGCCCGGAGAACUUGGUGCUUCUGUAGCUGCGGCCGGGACCCUGGUGCUUGUGGGAAUUCCCACCUGGAACCGGCAGAGCCGCCAACUGCACGUAAAGGAGAUAAAACCCGCCCGCUCCAAAGCGCUUGUAGCCGUUGAUAAGGGAUCUUUCCCAGCCCGCAGCGGCUCAGCCCUCUGCUCUGCCACCCAAACACCCCCCAGCUCGCGCUUUCAGGGCGUCCAUCGCAAAGAGGUACAAAUGAACACUAAAUUCCACAAACAUCACGUCAAACGCAAACUGAGCUUCGUUGUCAGCGUGUUCCCUACGGCACAAAAGUGUCCUCCAUGUACAUGUGUAAGUGCUGUGAGACAGUGGAAAUAACACUUGCUGAACUUUAAAUCAAAACUGUAAUGAUCAGAUUUUAUUUUUGUAUAAUUUAGGGAAAGUUAGAAAACCUUCAGCGUUGGCUUUAUACAGAUUUUAAUUGAUUUGUGUCGAGUUUGUUGGGUUUUUAUAUCUAAAGUUAUAUUUCUGUACAUAAUAAAACUAUUCAGAACUAAUCUGUAAAUUGUAAUAAAGAUAUUUGCAAGAUAA